AUGUCAUACAAUAUUAAUAGCUAUAGAAGUAGUAGAAACUUCAGCAACAAUGAUGACGAUGAAGAAAUUAUCCCAAUUACUACAGAUGAAUUAGUUGACAAUAAAACUACUACGGAACAAGAUAUUUCAACACCUAUAAUAAAAGAGAUGUCAGUAUUAUCACCGAAUACAACAGAAGAUUCUGGAAACGAAUUAAGAAAAAAUUGGUGGAAAUUAUUAUUAGCAUUUAUUGUCACAAUUUUAGUGAUAGCUCUCGAUUCUUCUUUUAUGAAAAUAGAUAAUUCGACGUUUGACAAUUCAAAAUCACCAUUAAAUUCAACAUUUACGCCACCCAUAAAUCAAAACUAUCCAUACGGAAGAAAUAGUCCAAUACAUGGUGUCAAUUUAGGUGGUUGGCUAGUACUUGAUCCACUUAUUGUUCCAUCAUUUUUCAAUUCUGAUACACUGGAUGAAUAUUCAGUUGCCAAAUCACUUGAUCCUGAUACGGCAAGAGCUAAAUUUAUAAAACAUUACGAUGAGUUUGUUACUGAAGAUGAUUUCCAAAAAAUGUCAGAAUUUGGAUUAAAUCAUGUCAGAAUUCCAAUUGGAUUUUGGGCAAUUGAAGUAUUACAAGGAGAACCAUUUGUGCCAUAUGCAAGCUGGCAAUUUCUGUUGAGAGGAAUCAAUUGGGCAAGAAAAUAUGGAUUAAGAGUUUUUGUGGAUUUGCAUAAAGUCCCAGAUAUAAAUGAAACACUUAAAGAUGUUGGAUAUGGUGCCGAAAAGUCAAACCGUACACUCCGAUAUAUAAAAGCUUUAGCAAACUUUUUUAAUGGGGACAAUUAUACUCAUGUGACAUCACUGCUCGGACCAAUCGAUACGACAAUUUUUAGUCGUGUGGUGGGAAAUCUCAGCGAAUUCUACAAUCAAUCAUAUUAUGAGAUAAGUGCAUCUUAUGAUGUUAAUAGCAGACAACCUUAUGUGGUAUUUGACGAAGCCAGCACAGGAUUUUCAUAUUGGUCUACUUUAUUAAAAUCAUUUCCUCGUGCUAUACUGGGUAGCCACCGUUGGUUCUUAUAUGAUGUGCCAAAAAAUUCAUCAUCCGACUAUGAACAGCUAGCUUUGUCUUGGUCGUGCGAACAAAAAUCUAACUUUACUAAUAGCCAAGAUGAAAAUGUCAUAACAAUUGCUACUGAAUGGGCUGCAGCUGUAUAUGAUUGUGCACAUAUUCGUGCUAUUAAUGGUUCUCUUCCUCAAUCUUUGAAUUAUACAUGUGAUGACGAUAAUAAUUGGCAGAAUUGGAAUCAAACGAAAAAAGAAUAUUUGUUAAAUUUGACUGAAGCUCAAAUGGAAGCAUAUGAGAGUGGAAGUGGUUGGUUUUAUUGGACUUGGAAAACAGAGAAUAAUUCUGCACCAAAAUUUGAUUACAAACUUGGAGAAUGGAUGGAUUCCCAAUCUGAACAAAAAUCGUACAACUUUUUGCAGAAACCACAACCAGCGUCCGAACUAAAUAAUACUGAAAAUGAUCAAUUCUCUUAA